AUGUUCACUGAUGUCUUGAUCAUCGGAGCAGGUCCUUGUGGACUUGCUGUUGCAGCUCGACUUUCGGAAUCUACCCCUUCGGCACUCUUCACCGACGAUGAGCAUGCGCGCUACUGGAAACGGUUCAAGAUGACGACACUCCAAAGCGAAGCCGCCAGAAAGCGAAAGCACUGCAAUUCGAGCAUUUUCGACAGUGGCUACGAAAUCGACGAGAACUCCGUCAAACGAUCCAACAGGCCUUCGAUGGCUGUGCUAGAUGCUUCGUCGGAUGAAUGGCUUGGAGCAUGGAAGUCGCGUUUUCAAAGGCUCAACAUCAAGCACUUGCGGAGCCCACUCUUCUUCCACCCAGAUCCUCGAGACAGGGAUGGACUGCUAGCGUAUGCGCAUGAGCAAGGUCGAGAAUCAGAACUUGUCGAGAUUCCAAACAUCGCGGGCAAAGAGUACAGCAAGCAUGCCCAGAAGAAGCAACGAAACCGUCAGCACAAGGUCGAACGACAUUUGAGGGUGGACGGACGAGACCGGAUUGACUACUACACGCCAAGCACAGCACUCUUCGAAGACUACUGCGAUAGUAUUGUGGAGCGAUAUGGACUGCAUGGUCUUGUUCACAAAGCCUCAGUGCGCAACAUCUCUUACGAUGACGUUGGAGGUCCUAGCAGCAGUCGGAUGUUUUGUGUCGAUACCGACAAAGGCAUGUACAUGGCGAAGAUCGUCAUAGUCGCCACAGGCCCAGCAUCUGCUCCUUGCCUGCCCGAAGAUCACCGUCUUGAGCUAACGGCUACUUCUCACUCGGCAGCCUCUCACAUCUUCAGCCCCAACGGGCUCGAGUUGCCAGCUUCACUGGCUGAUAAGCUCAAGUCUCGCCAAGCUACAUACGUCGUCAUUGUCGGUGGAGGCCUCACAUCGGCUCAAGUUGCGGUAGAGCUCAUCUCCAGCGACGUCACCCACGUCUGGCUCCUGCUUCGAGGCAAAUACAAACUCAAACACUUCGAUGUCGACCUGGAAUGGGUAUCCAAGGUUCGUAAUCAACGAAUGGCAGAGUUCUGGUCGGCAGACACCGAUAGCGAGCGCGCCGAGAUGUUCAAGCAAGCUCGUAAUGGAGGAAGCAUUACGCCAGCUUUUGACCGUGAGCUGCAGAAGCUUGUGCGAGCUGGGAAACUGUCAAUAAGCCCGCAUACGACAAUCGACAACGGCAGCUAUUACUGCGGUGGCUGGAAUCUCACUACGAGUUCCCAUCUAAAUUUACCUCCGAUUGAUCACGUCUUCUAUGCUACAGGCGUCAGGCCUGACUUCACGAACAUCGCAUUCCUCGACGAACUACGGAGUGGCUACCCGAUAUCCGCUAUUGGCGGGCAUCCGGUCAUCGGCGAUGACCUCAUGUAUGAAGAAGAUCUGCCACUAUUCUUCACCGGCGCACUAGCCGCCCUGAGGCUGGGCCCUGGUGCUGCAAACUUGGCUGGUGCACGGCAGGGGGCGGAGAGGAUCGCUUGGAAGGUUGAGGAGCUCCUUGGUCGACAAAGCUCGCCCAGCAAGCAGAGCACGAAACCACCGGACCGGAUUUACGACGAGCUCAGCCGUGACAGAAGUGAAUUCACUGGCGGAUGGACCAAUCAGUUCGAUGCGCUCCAACUCGCAUUAUAA